CUGAAGAACUACGGCUCCCAAGAUGCACUUCACGCAUCUUAUUUCCGGUCCUGCGCGGUUUCUGGAGCGGAUUGGAACCCGGAGUCAGGAUUCAAUAAAUGUGUGGCCGUUUUGAAAAAAGAUUGAAAGUAUGGCUGAGGGGACACCAGUUGAGUUUAUCUGGUGCGAGGAUUGCGGUCAGUACCACGAUUCUGAGUGUCCGGAGCUGGGUCCUGUGGUGACGGUGGAGGACUCAUUCGUCUUGAGUCGAGCUCGAUCCUCUCUGCCGGAGAGUCUGGAAAUCCGAAAGGUGGGAGAAGCAGAAGAGGGGGUGUUUGUGCUGCGUCAUUUGGUGAAGAGGACGCGGUUUGGUCCCUUUGAGGCCAGGCGUGUGGCCCAGCUGAGCAAAGAAGGCCGGUUUCCUUUGAAGAUCUUCAUGAAGGAUGGGUCCGUGGUCUGCUUUGACACCACCAAUGAGGAUGAUUGCAACUGGAUGAUGCUGGUGCGACCAGCCACAGAACACACACAUCAGAACCUGACAGCCUAUCAGCAGGAGGAUGAGCUUUACUUCAACACCUCCCAGGACCUGCAGCCUGGAUCUGAGCUGAGAGUCUGGUAUGGGGCCUUCUAUGCCAAAAAGAUGGAGAAGCCACUGCUUAAGCCACUGGUUGCUCCACCUGCACCAGACAUAGAUAUGGCACACUCCAAGCUGGUUGUUGCAGAAGGGAUGUUGGGGACAAACCGGGCAGUGGUGCCCUCUGGAGGGAAUGAUGGAGGUGUCCAGGGACUGGACUGCAGCCAGUGGGUGUGUAAAGUCUGCCCAGCUGUGUUCGUAGAACCUCAGCUUCUGACAGACCACCUGCUGAGCCACUUGCAGGAGGUGAAGAGCAUAGUGCCACCUGUCGCUGACCCUGUCGCCGAGGUGAAGAUGGUGUUUCCGGAGAGCGCCCUCAAUGCUGACACCGCCACGGCCCCGCUGGAACACAAGAAAAAAAUGGCUCGUGUCAGAAAGGUCAAAGGUCACAAAAUGCCACCCACCCCAGCAGCCACAGCCGAGAGCUUUGUAAGCAAAGAUGGUGACCCCAUGGUUCCCAUGGAGCAUGUUCUCAGCACCAUACCCCCAGACAUCGGCCUGUCGCUGCUUACCGGCCCCGACCUCAUGAUUGGCCUGGACGGCGUGCCAGUGAAGGUGCAUAGGCCCACCCGCAGUGUGCCGCACCCUGGGAAGGGGGGGAUCCGGAAGCGCUUCAUGCGGCAGGGUGGAGAUCACAAACGGGUCUAUCAGUGCAGCCUCUGCAAUAAGGUCUUCCAGAACAGCAGUAACCUGAACCGCCACGUCCGGUCCCACGGUACUGCGCCCCUGUUCCCCAUCCGCUUUCAGACAUCAGGCGACAAACUUUUCAAGUGCGACGAAUGUGAUAAGAUGUUCAGUCGGAAAGAGAGUCUGAAGCAGCAUAUCUCAUACAAACACAGCAAGAAUGAGUCUGACAUGGAGUACAGAUACAAAUGUGGUACAUGUGAGAAGUCUUUCCGUGUGGAGAACGCCUUGAUGUUCCACAACUGCAGAACUGAUGACAAAACCUUCCAGUGUGAGAUAUGUUCCCGAUUCUUCUCCACCAACAGCAACCUGUCCAAGCACAAAAAGAAACACGGCGAGAAGCUGUAUGCCUGCGAGAUCUGCAACAAGAUGUUCUACAGGAAGGACGUCAAACAGGACCACCAGAAGAGACACAUCGUGGGGCCGAAGCACAUGAAGAAAGAGGAGAUGGAGACCAAUGGAGAAGAAGGAACUAAGUACAGGAAAGAGCCCUCGGCUUGUCCGAUCUGCGAGAAAGUGUUCUCUUGCAGGAGUAACAUGAACAAGCAUCUGUUAACUCAUGGAGACAAGAAGUACACCUGUGAGAUCUGUGGCCGCAAGUUUUUCCGAGUGGAUGUCCUGAGAGAUCAUAUUCACGUUCACUUCAAGGACAUUGCACUUAUGGACGAGCAGGAGAGGGAGGAUUUCAUCAGGAAAAUCGGAAUUUCUGUGGAUGACAGCGACAUCAAUUCCGGCGAGGAUGAUGCCGAUAAUGAUCCGGAGAACCACAAGUACAGCUGCAAGAAGUGUCAGGUGACCUUUGCCAAAGGCAGAGAGUACCUGAAGCAUAUCAUGGAGGUGCACAAAGAACGCGGCUACAGCUGUGUCAUCUGUAACCGGCGAUUUGCCCUCAAGGCAACCUACAAUGCUCACCUUGUCAUCCACCGCGAGCAACUUCCUGACCCAGAAGUUCAGAGGUACAUCCACCCCUGUGAAAUGUGUGGCCGAAUUUUCAACAGCUUCGGGAACCUCGAAAGGCACAAGAUCAUCCAUACAGGUGUGAAGAGCCACAGCUGUGAUCAGUGUGGAAAGUCCUUUGCCAGGAAGGACAUGCUGAAGGAGCACCUGAGGGUGCACGACAAUGUGCGGGACUUCCUGUGCGCCGAAUGCGGGAAAGGCAUGAAGACCAAACACGCAUUGAGGCACCACAUGAAGCUACACAAGGGAAUUAAGGAAUAUGAGUGCAAGGAGUGCCAUCGCAAGUUCGCCCAGAAGGUCAACAUGCUGAAACACUACAAGAGGCACACCGGAAUUAAGGACUUUAUGUGUGAACUGUGCGGGAAGACAUUCAGUGAGAGGAACACCAUGGAAACGCACAAACUGGUUCACACGGUGGGCAAGACGUGGUCCUGCUCGGUGUGUGAUAAGAAGUAUGUGACGGAGUAUAUGCUGCAGAAGCACGUGCAGCUGACACAUGAGAAGGUGGAGGCCCAAAGCUGUCACCUGUGCGGGACCAAGGUGUCCACCAAGGCGUCCAUGAACCGGCACAUGCGUCGAAAGCAUCCCGAGGUGGUGACCGUGAGAGUGGACGACUUCGAUGAUCUCCAAGAAACCACAACCGUCGACGCUUCCACCAUCAGCAUCGUUCAGCCCUCUCUGUCUCUGGACAAGGAGACGCUGACGUCCGAGAAGCCCCCCCGGCGGAGCAAGCCGCCUAAGAAGAAACCGAAGCAGGUGGAAGAGGAGGAGCUUUCGGACUCCGAUGACUACGCCGACUUUGCUGAUAAAGACACGGAUUUUACAGGAGCCGUGGGCGACGAGACAAGCUCUGCGGUGGAGAGCAUUCAACAGGUGGUGGUUCUGGCGGAUCCCACCACAACGGCCUCACCCUCCCCAUCCAGCUCCGUGGGGCUGAGCAACAUCACCAUGACCCCCAUUAGCACCCCCACGGCGGCCCAGUUCACUAACCUUCAGCCUGUGGCCGUGGGUCAUAUGGGCUCCAGCGACCGGCCUCUGACGCUGGACAGCUCCAUCCUCACGGUCACCUUCGACACAGUCGGUGGCCCCACCGUGCUGCACAACCGGCCGGCGGAGCUCCCCUCAGAGGCAGGCUCGGCGCCCUCCUCAGUUGCACACUUCAUCAACCUGACCACCUUCGUCAACCCCAUCACCCACCCCCUGGAGCCAGCAGCGCUGUCCUGGCGACCCGUGGAGGCCCCGGAGGGGAGCCCCCAUGCAUCUGUGGCUGAAGAUGCUCAACCAGAGGCCCAGGAGGCACAGGUGGAGCCCUCCGCCCCCCCACAGGCCCAGCCCGCAGCCGAGCCCCCUGAGCCAGUCCAGGCUCCGGCACCAGCUCAGCAGCCCCCCCAGCAGAUGUACAGCUACUAGAGGCCUUGUGACCUCUAGCCUGAUUACCCUCAUCCUGGCUUAAGUCUGUCAACAUAACUAGAAGUGUCUGUAAGGUGACAGUCCAUUGCGAAAUCUGAAUAAAGUGCAUCGACGUUGCCAAACUAGGCCCGUAGGGAAACUCUCACCCCCCGAACGUCGUAGGCGAUGGCAGAUGUGGGUUCGCUCCAAAGCAGUCUCCCAUGUGCGCUACCUCUGCCCUGCCCACCUUCUCACCAGCGAUGUGACAUUUAUGACGAGCCCAAUACUCAGUACUGAUCUCAAGCAUUUCUCUACACUAUCAAGUUCCAAUUUUUUUUUUGCUGCACGUACACAAACAUACACUACAUGUAUGUUACCAGGUGCUUUUAUACAAUGUAUUCAUGGACUGUGUUCAAAAGGAAACAUAAUACAAAGAAAGAAUAUAAAAAAAUAUUAAAAUAUAAAAUAACUGAUGAAUGCUAAAGUGUUCAGUGCAAAAGCACAGUCAGGUCGGGAGAAGGUAGGAUGGCUUGAAAAGGCCAAGGGCAUUUACCUGUAUAAUGUCCUUAAUUUCAAUCUAAGUAUAUGCACUCCUUGUGAAUUAUAAAUCAUUAUCAUGAUGCUAGAUUUGUGUAUCGAAGUUCCCAAGCAUGAAAAGAUGAGCAUUUGCCCUUGCAUAUUCCCUGCAGAAGAUGCAGCUUUUCGUUUAAGGGCUGCAUAGCCACAAAACAAGGAUUCUAUUGUAAUUGGAGAAGCAUCACUCACCAUGUAUUUACUGGAGAUUAAUUCUAUGGGUAAAUAGUGUAAAAGCUUUAAGAAGAGCCAAACGAUAAUGAGGCCAAGAUUUUUGACAUGUAAUCAGACAAAAAUGUUUUAUCAUGAGUAAAUCUGGGUGAAAGUUGAAAUACUAGCUUUUGAAAUGAAUUUUCCCUUAUAGAACUUACAUUAUACUUUGGUUCUGUUUCAAACUUUAGUGUGUAAAACAGAGGAAGAAAUGAAAAACAAAUCCAGAUAUGAUUGCAGAAAGUACUACAUGAGUCAAUAUUAUGAACUUUGUGAAUAUGUUUUUCCAGAUUUGGCCAAUAAACCUGAAACGAUCACUUA